AACUUUGCGAAGAGAGUGUAAACCUUUUUAAUCGAAUAAAGAGCGUCAAGUGACUAUCACAGAAACUUGUCCCCGCGGGAAACAGUUUUUAACUACAAAUCACCGCCUGUUUGUUUUUCCUUGAACUACAUACGCGCUGCAAUCGAUAAUCAUUCCUCGGUCGGUAAUAAGUUUAUAAAUUUUCAAAUUGAGCACGAGCACACUUCUCGGUUCUGUAACUGUAACCUAAAAUAGAAGUAUGUAAUAUAGAGGACAUAUCAAAAUCACUGCGAUGCUCCGCGUUUAAACCAAUAAAACGCAGAAAUUCCUUAAAGAGCAAUAAUCUGGGCGUACUCCAAUUCCAAUUAUAAUGCACACAAUAUUUGGGUUUCGUACGUUGUUGGUGAAACGUUAGGGUAAGCGAAAGGAUACUGACAGCAAUAAAGUAAUCGAUAAAAUUAGCAACGAGCAUCGGUUCAGAAAUUUGCGUUAUACCUAUUUUAUCAAGUUCCGUCACAGGAACGUUUCUUUCGGAGCAUCAUUUCUCGUUCACCGUGAAAUCCGACCAACAAAUUCAUUAAAUCUCGUGAGAAACCACGCGAUGCAUUCCUUCGGCGAUGUGACUGUAAACAAAUAUCAGCUUAGCGCGAAACGAAGUUCUAAUCGCACCAUUCGCUAAAACAAUUAGCUCACAGUGCUUUAAUAUAUGCUCGUCGAAAUAAAAGCUCCACGCAUUAGUGCAAUAAAUCAUCCAUUGGAUCGUCAAAUGAAUCUCAUACGAUAGCUAACGUUAAUAGCAUUCUAAGUGUUUCGAAAACUUCCAUUAGAACACUAGCUGUUGAAAUGCCAGGCAAAAUAAAAGUGAAAGUACUGGCGGGUCGUAACCUGCCAGUGAUGGAUCGGUCAGGAGACACAACAGAUGCUUAUGUAGAAUUAAAAUUUGGCAAUAUAACGUUUAAGACAGAUGUGUGCAGAAAGUCUUUGAAUCCUCAGUGGAAUUCUGAAUGGUACAGAUUCGAAGUUGACGAUUCAGAGCUACAGGAUGAGCCCUUGCAGAUUAGAUUGAUGGACCAUGACACGUACUCUGCAAAUGAUGCUAUAGGCAAAGUUUACAUAAAUCUAAAUCCAUUAUUAUUGCCUGGAGUACCUCCUACUGUUAAAAAUAUUUGGACACUAGAGGCUGCCAUGAAUACAAACACUGGUUCCCAGAGUGGUUCAGUCAUGACUGGGUGGAUUCCUGUAUAUGACACGAUGCAUGGUAUUCGUGGUGAAGUCAAUAUUAUAGUCAAAGUAGAAUUAUUCUCUGAUUUUAACAAAUUCAGACAAUCCUCCUGUGGUGUACAAUUUUUUUAUUCACCGAAUAUACCACAUGGGUACCAUACACAGAGCAUUCAUGGCUUUGUUGAGGAGCUAGUUGUUAGCGAUGAUCCUGAAUACAAAUGGAUUGACAAAAUAAGAACACCCAGAGCCUCUAAUGAAGCACGUCAAACGUUAUUUUUUAAACUUAGCGGAGAAGUUCAGAGAAAAAUUGGACUGAAAGCUUUGGACCUUGGUGGAAAUGCUGUUAUCGGAUAUUUACAAAAUUUUGAUCUGGAAGGUGAAUCUGGUAUUGUUGCCAGAGGGAUAGGUACUGCUGUAACACUUGUGAAGCUACAAGAUACCUUAAACUUGCCAUCCGACAAUAUUGAAGAGGCAUUCUUUUCACAACACAAAGCACAAAAGGAACAUGCAGGACUCGAUGAGAGUAUGCCGCUAUAUCCCGUCACUCCUACAUGUGUCCCUAAUCCCUUUAUUACAAACAUGCGUAUAAAGGAUAACUUCUCGCAUCACGCAAAGACGCAUAGGGGACCAAAACGAGCUGUGAAAGCUGUAGAGUAUUCAUGUGAUGAAUCGGAAGAUGGGAAAUCUUAUGAGAGACCUCAGAGAGUGAGCAAUAUGAAGAAAUCCGCAGUAUCUUAUUCGAGUUUAAACGAAUCGGUAAUCCAAGAUGCUUCUAUACGAAUCAUGCUAGCUCAGGAGGACGAAAGAGGUGAGAGCAACAAAAGUAUUUUGGACGUUCGUAUGAAGAACUUAAAGAAGUUGUUUGGUUCAAGUGACGGAGACAAUAAAAUGAUCCCACGCGUGACUAGCUCAGCUAGAUCUUCAUUAGCAAGCAUACAUAAUCCAAGAAGACCGAAAAUAUUCAGAGAUAGCAAGAGCAAGGAAGGCAUAGCUUCUCUUCUGAUCAAAUCCAUACACAAAGUGCCUUUGGAAGACGUUAAUGAGGUUCAUGAAUCACCAACAACGCCAUGUAAUAACUUGCAAGAAGAUAGUAAACUUCCAGAACACGAUCAAGAUGCAAUUCAUGAACGUGAGAAUGAAAAGAGAGAAAGGGUAGAGUAUAGAGAGAAAGUUGACGCUUUGUUGUUGAAAGCUCAGGAAAAGACACAAUUCGAUUCGUCGUUCGAAGAGAAUACACCUAGCUCUAAUGACAUCUCGGAUGGCUCUUCAAUAGACAGUGCUAAUUAUGUUGUUCUACGUGACUCAAAGAUAUCGACUGACGAAGAACAAGGGACAAAUUACAGAUUGAUCAGAGCACUCACUAGGUCUGAUACUUUCCCUCCACUACGAUCAAGAUCAUUGAGAAUUAAAUUACACAGAACAGAUAGUGAGACAUGUCCUCUUCACGUGGACGAUGCAUCGUUUCUGAUUAAGUGCAUAUCUACAAAUCAAAUACCGCUUAAUUUCUCACACUCCAUGAAACCACAAAUCAAUAAUAUAGAUGGAAACGACAGAGCAAAUGUGAAUCAAAUUAUUAGGGACGAUAUGCAGCAUCAGCAAAAAUCAGACUCACAAGAUUCCUGUUGCCCUCUUGCGACCAGCACACCUGUAGAGAUACGGCCACCGUUCUUCCCGGUAACUGUGGAGGAUGAGCAUACAUCAAUUAACACAGAAAAAGAACCAAUAAUUACCAUUCGCCAGCCCACCCCAGUAGAGACUGAUAACACAAAUGAUGAACUGUCCUACGUCGAUGAAUCUGAGCCGUCCGCAUCUGCAUACUCUUUAUUGCAAAACAGCGAUACGGAAAGAAAUGAUAGACUAACGUUUGACCAAGUGCACCAAGAAGAAAAGUCAUUCGAUGAAGAAACUGACAACGGUUCCCGCAGAGGCUCGUUUAAAGACAUCGAACAGUUUGAUAAGUUGGAAGAACAUAAUGUGCUGAAGUUUUCUACACUGUCCCAGUCGCUACCAUCAUUGCAACAAUUUCAGGCUUCUGUAAUUGUAGAGUCUUGUAUUAGAGAAAUCAUGGACAGUAAAGCAACCAUAGAUUCUGUAUCAAAGACCUCAUCUAGCAUUGAGAGUUUGAUACAGUCUUCUUGCAACGAUGUGCACAAUACGGAGCAUAAGAACAGGCAACGCAGAAUGUUGGACUUGAUCAAAAUAAUUGAUACAAAGAUGAUGGAACAUCCCGAUGGCUACAACAAUAACGAUCAUUAUAAAUUGAAAAGGAAGAAGAGAGACAGAAUCUAUAGGAAUAUCCAUCCUACGAAUCUGCGGAAAAGUUUGCACAAUAAAUGUUUGAAAAGACGCCUUCAGAUCUACAAGUCCUCAGACAUUAUCUAUCCUCUGAACGAAUCUAUAUUGCCACCAUUGACACCUGACUCCUCUUCCUACAAUUCCUCUCUCGAGAGCAUAAUCAUUGGCGACACUUUAAUGAAAUCACACUCACAUAGAACUGAGUCGUUCAGCUCGAGGCAGAGUUUCAUUACAGAAAGAUCCGUAAUCGAUCUCAAAUCGCAUGAGCUCGCUGCCAAAGAAUUAACUGUAGACACUCAGAGCAGCGAUUCGCUUAGGUUUAGUAGCGGCGCCAUAGAGAUGAAGGAAUUAAAACCGACUGAUACUAACCAGUUGUCAUCACUCCCAUCCAUCGAUCGUGCGAUACACAAGAGUUAUAGCAUUUGUAAUAUAAACGAGAUAUCAAACAACGAUGAAUUCACUAAUAUUACUAACACUGCUAAUAUCACUGACAACUCGUGUGUGUCCCGUCCUUCUCCCGAUCACAGGCAACAAGACGAGGCAUCUAUAAGUCCAUCUUGUCCACUUCCGGCUGUUCCCUCCAUGGUUUCAAAAGUCUGUCAGGUACCAACGACCAAGGCACAGCCCGCAGUGUCAUUGCAUCGAAGAUCCAGUGACUCUGACCUGAGCAUCACCCCCAAAGGUAAUUCUCUUGGAACUGAUAGGUCAAUGACUGGAUUCCUAAAGACACCCACGGCUGUGAUAAGAACUAUGAACCAGGAUGCUUUUGAAAUGUUAGAGUAUCCCUUUCUUACUAUGCAACAAUAUCCGCCCGGAUUUAUCCUCCAUUUCGGUGGUCUUGUAAGCUCAAGGUCAGUCAAGCUACUGGAGAGGAUCAGUAAUUUAGAGGAGCCUGAGAGUCGAGAUAGCUGGUGGAAAGAAGUUAGAAUGGAAGUUCGUUCUCAUGCUAGAGCAUUGGCCUGCAACGUAGUCAUCGGUUAUAGGGAGGAAACUAGUAUUUGUGACGACGUCUGCGUGUUGAACGCUUAUGGUACCGCAGCCGUCAUUAAUUUGCACAGUUCGAGUCAGGAUGCCGAUAAUGUGUUCGUUAGCAAAGGACAAUCGGGAACAGUAAUAAAUCCCGCGGAAAUAGAAAAGUCCCAACAGAAACCCGUACCUGUAAAAGCAGAGAAAAGCGAAACAGACUCGUCAAUAACGACCUCUGCUCAUACAAGUGGUAAAGUAAGACACACCUCAGAAAGCAAAGACCACGACGCUCAAUUUCAAAGUAAAUGUAGCCUUUGCCACCUGCCCUACAACGAGACGAGCGUGCCUUUUCAUGUGAGCGUAUCCAAAUGUGCAAUAUGCAAGCGAGCUAGGGUACCAGAUGUGAUGUUUACUACCAUAGAACUCCCGGAGAAUGUUGCGAUGACUGGAAGGGGGUGUAUAAUACAAGCCACCGUGUGCAAAAAUAAAAAAGACCUCAGAGGAGAGUUGAAUGCGAAAGAGAUAUCAGAUUGCUUGCCAUUUUUAGAGUACGAGCUGCAUAGUUUGCUGCUAAACAAAUUAAAAGUUAAGGGAAUGAACGCCAUUUUCGGCCUGAAGCUACAAGUCUCUGUCGGGGAACGGUUGAUCAUUGGUAUGGCUGUAGGUAGCGCUGUCUUUCUGACUGCUUUGCCUACUCCUUCGGUGCCACAAAUUGCUUCUGGGAAUUCUUGGCACAAGGAGGAACAGCUAGCAGAAAUCCAGAAAACUUUGUUGGAGACAGUCAAGAAAAAUAGAGAGUUCUAUCGACUUAAACCUGUUGCGGAUGUUGAAAAUGGUCGAGUUCCAACUUCGGACACCGACGAGUCUGACGAGGAGCUGCCUGACUUGGAUUUCAGCGUCGGUACGAGGGAUACUUGUGUAUUAGAAGUCGAUGACAUAGAGGAUAUGGAUAGAAUAUCGUUGUUAAUGGAUGAUAGACCUCCUGACGACUUUCAUGUAGUAAAUACUCAAACGAUCCCAGGACUCGAUGAGCUGGAGAUCGUUAGGAAUUUACAGAUGUUCACACAGAUCUCUAGGACGAAGAUUCCUACAGGGCAGUUCGCGUCCAUGCCCUCGAAAUGUUUCGCUAAACUACUUCAGUCGGUGUACUUCAAGUUGAGGAAAAUGAUUCCGUGUGCCCUUUGCGACAUGCAGUUUAAGUUAGCCCUUCCUGAACCAGACGAGAUACAGUUCACGGUGAUAGGCAUGGCUCUUGGUUUAGGUGAUCCUGUUAAAAUGAAUAAGCCCAGAAAGAAGCUAAUAACCCAUUCUAUGAGCAAAGAUCAGGUGAAAAAAUCUGAUGACACUGACAUGAUAUUUAAUUUGGAUGUGGACCAUGCCGAAAUUUCAUCCGACAAUGCAUCCAGCAGUGUCACAGUAAACUCCUCUAACUUAGUUAACACUGUAGGAUUAAAGUCUAGAACUCGUUCACCAUUGCGAUCUAAGAUUCACACAACGCAUAAACACAAACAUGUGCCUCUAAAAGGGAGAUACGGUGUAGAUAUAACUCCCCUUUCAUAUCUACCUGGUGGCCGGAUAGAAAGGUAUCUAGGGAACUUGAACUUUUUCUUUAUCCGUGAGAGUACGUCAAUCAGAGAGAACGGUGGUUUGAGUGGGUUCACGCACAGUUUUAUAAUGGAGGUUCUUGCAAUAGUUCGGUCACACAUAACGGCCUUGGGAGGCAAUGCCAUGGUGGCGUUUUUUAUGACCAAGUGUGUGCUGCUCCAUAGUCCCCAUAAAAAUCAAGGACAGAGCUUGAUAAAUGUUGGCGGGGACGUGGUGUCAGUGUCGUACUUCGCAAACGAAAAGCACUGUGGAACUUCAAACUGCUGACCCCAGCCUCCUCAUUCGGCACCACCAUAGCUGCAUUGCGAAAACCAACGCCGGAAGUUCGAUUUUUCGGCGAACGUUAUUGGUCGACCAGGACGCGCCGCGACUUAUUAUCCUGUGAUAGGAUAGGGCUUGUAAAUAUUCGAAAUUUUAGCAUAAGUACUUAAAUCCUCGAGUCGUGGCAAUCAAGGUCGAUGGUAGAUAACGCUCACACGUGUCAUUUUAGCCGAGUCCAGCGGUUCUAGCGUAAAUACUAAGCGAUCUCACGACGCACAUGCGCGAUCCAGCGAUUCUAGACAUACGUAAAGCUUUGAUGAUCAUUAGGAGGUGCCUUCAGAAUUGUAUAUAAAGGUUUGCGGAGGAUCGUUUUCACCCACCCAACAGCAUUGUAGGGACCGUUACAGGCAAACUAUACAUAUGAUUAGGGCAUCUGAGAAGAGCUCAAUUUUCCCCUCAGUUUUAAUCAGACGCGAUUUGAUUAUCCUUUAAUCUUUGGAGGGUCAGCAUUAAAAGUUCAAUUUCAUUAAUAUUCAAAAUUAAAUUUCAUUUUAAUCAUCUUUGUAGGAGGAGCAAGGAUACAUUAUAUUUAUAAUAUCUGUUGAUUUUAAUCAACAUUUUCAGCAUGUGCAAAUUAAAUAAGAAUCUCAUUUUCGGUCGCUAUAGUGACCAGCCGGGCCCAUUAAAUGUUUAAAAAUCGAUGAGAUUGAUGGAUUUGUUUCCUUGAGUGCCAUAGAAUGUGUUCGAAGAUGAAGAACGAAAAUGGCGUAGGAGUAUACAUACGUUCAUUAUACCUGAUUACUUGCAAUAUUUUUAAUUGUUAACGAUCGAUAUCAACGCCGGGAACGUCUGUUUCCGUUGACGUGGGGUAGGAAUGUCAAUGGCCUGUAAAAAGUCGAAAUUUUGUAGAUAAUAGAACGAUAAAGAAUCCGCGAAACUAUUUUCCACCUAUGACGGAGGGAACAAGAGUCUUGAAUGUGUUUUAUCUGGGAGCUGCACGAAUCGUGGUGAACUAGAUUAUCGGUUAGGGUUACGAAAUAUACCUUGUACAUUGGAUUGUUAUGUAUGUGUCUUGAACAUUUUACACUCGGUUGUUGUUUGUCGUUAACAAAAAUCAGUCACCCUGUGGACGUGCAUUGUGAAACAAGUUUUGCGUUUUAUUUUUACACAGUCGUUAAUCACUCUGUCCCUGUUGCAACGCGAUCAAAUAAAAUUUUCGUCGAAGUGAA